AUGGCGGCCGGUGACGACGGGAUAGAGGAGUUAUUGCGGGAAGCACGGCAUGCCACGCUAGCGUUUCCAUUUGGCAGAUGGGUUAACCAACACUGUUCCUUCGAGAUCACCCUCGAGGGCACAUUUGAGCAAAGGGCAGGGCAACGGACGAUCCGCGGCCAACUCCGGAAAGACGCCAAGAAUCCCUGGAGGUGGAACGGCGAGCUCACGGGCGACAGACAGAUAACUUUCGAUUUGACGGAGGAUUGCUUGUUGAGAGGACUUUGCCGCUUCAGCGAUGGCAAGGAACUCCGUACUCGUUCAGAUCAUGCCGGUUUGCACGAUCUCAUGCACGAGCUGCCGAAUGCGAAGAACUCGUGGGAAUCGACAUUGAAUGGCAUCAUUGAGUGUGCCCUUGGCGACACCUACCUUGCAGAUGACACACUCCUGAGAUGCGUACAGGCAAUUCACGAGGUCUUCCAGCUGGUUGAUGGGUUCAACACCAGAUACAAAGCUCAUAAACGCUUUGACAAUCCCGAGUUUGAUGCAUUCAUGCAGCAGGUUGCGGAGUCCACCUCUAAAGUCAUCCGUACCUCAAGCCGAUCUGCCCGCCUUGUGCUGUCUACACACUUCAUCAGGUGCUUAUUUCAGCGUCUGGUGUACAUCAGCAAGAGAACGUACUACCUCUGGAGAGAGACAACCGUCUACGGCGCAUUGAAACAUUGCCGUGAUUGCUACGGCGAGAUGCUUCGUGCAUCACAGGGUAAGCUUCAUGCACUCAUGGGGAAUCUGGGAGAGCGCAAUCUGCAACUCCUUCGAAGACAGCUCGAAGCCCUUGCCGAGCGCGAGGAAGAGGAAGUCAAAGAGCUGCCGUAUGCACGUUUACUGGAGAUGGCAGCUGAGAUUUCAACACGCCUGCAUCAAGCACUUCCAUUGACAGAUGGUGAUUUCAACUUGGAGUAUUUGUUGUAUUCCAGUGCGAAUCAAGCACCGGACAGAGCGACUUUUCAUAUUGAAGUUGCGCCUUACAUGGGCUUGGCUGCUACGAGUGCCUGUGACCAGAAGGAAGCUGCCGCACGCUUGGCAGAAUGCAUACAGAAGGUGAACGGCUCUCUGUCGGGAGGAGACGGCUGUGCUGCAAUCCUCAAGCUGGCCGAAGACUGCUGCGAAGGUCGCUGCACGCCCGCCUGCACUCACCGACCCACCCCCUGCAAUCUACAAGGAUGUCUCAGCAAGUGUAGCAGAUCGUUCAAUCUAGACAGAAGUCAUGCAUGUUCAUGUGCAGUCUUGCAUGAAACGUGUGUUAAUUGUUGA